AUGCCGUCAUCGAGGCGGACGUUGCUUCUGUCCUCGUUGCUUUUAUUAUCAUCCAGCACAUCGGCAUUCUACCUCCCCGGUGUCGCGCCGACCUCAUACGAUGAAGGCCAAUCGGUACCGCUAUAUGUGAAUCAUCUCACGCCCGGAAUCGCCAGGCAAGAUGAUCAAUUACACGCAGUGCUGUCGUACGAUUACUACAACCCCAUAUUUCAUUUCUGCCAGCCCAAGGAUGGACCGGUAGAUGUUCGAGAGUCGUUAGGCAGCAUCAUAUUUGGAGACCGAAUCCGAACGUCGCCGUUUGAAUUGCACAUGGCAAAGAAUGAAACUUGCAAGGCUGUUUGUGGUGAGGUUGAAUUUGGGCCGCGGGAUGCCCGGUUCACCAACAAUCGCAUUGCUCAAGGGUAUAACAUCAACUGGCUGGUAGACGGCUUACCGGCUGCCAUGCUGAAUCUCGAUCCUUUCACCGGCGCAGAGUUCUACAACCCCGGCUUCCUCAUGGGCUAUGUUGAUGAGGAUGGACAGUCUGUCCUCAACAAUCAUUUCAUUAUCUUCAUUGAUUACCACAAAGUCGGCCUCGCGACGCAAGACAAGUAUAGGGUCGUUGGCGUGCUAGUUCAACCAGAAUCGCGCGGCGACUCCUUCGUUAGCGGCAAUAACCAAGUGGACUGCGGUGAGGGAGGGAAUGCGAUGAUCUUGAGUGAGGAAAUCCCGACAAAGGUUGUUUGGACCUAUAGCGUUUACUGGAGGGAAUCAAACACGGCGUGGGCAACACGAUGGGACAAAUACCUCCAUGUUUUCGACCCCAAGAUCCAUUGGUUCUCUCUGAUUAAUUCAUCCGUUUUCGUUGUUUUCCUAGUCGGUAUGGUCAGCAUGAUUCUCAUCCGCGCAUUAAGAAAAGAUAUUGCUCGAUACAACCGACUUGACCAAAUCAACCUUGAUGAUCUCAAUGGUACCUCUGUUGUCGAGGACGGCAUUCAGGAAGAUUCCGGCUGGAAACUUGUUCAUGGAGACGUCUUUCGCUGCCCGAAGAGUCCGUUGCUUCUCAGUGUUCUGCUUGGAAACGGAGCUCAGCUGUUUGUCAUGACCGGUGUGACCGUUGCCUUUGCGCUAUUCGGCUUGCUUUCUCCGGCCAACCGAGGUUUCCUUGGCACUACGGUUGUUAUUUUAUAUACCUUGUUUGGCUUUAUUGGAGGGUAUGUUUCGUCCCGCGCGUAUAAAUCGUUUGGUGGUGAAGCCUGGAAGCGCAAUAUUGUCAUGACCCCUCUUUUGAUCCCAAGUAUUGUCUUUUCCUGGUUCUUCCUCCUGAAUUUGUUCGUUUGGGCCAAGGGCUCCAGCGGUGCGGUGCCAUUUACAACCAUGAUUGCGGUGGUUGCCAUUUGGUUUGUGAUUAGUGUUCCGCUGAGUUUUGCGGGUAGUUGGAUCGGCUUCAAGUCUCAGGCUUUCGAAGCUCCUACCAAAACAAACCAGAUUCCAAGACAAAUCCCACCAGCAGUGGGAACACUCCGUCCCAUCCCAUCACUCCUACUCACUGGUAUUCUACCAUUUGGAGCCAUCUUUGUCGAACUCUACUUCAUCAUGAACUCUCUAUGGACCAGCAAGAUCUACUACAUGUUCGGAUUCUUGUUCCUUUGCUACGGGCUGAUGGUAAUCACAACCGCCGCCACCACCAUACUCCUCGUCUACUUUAUGCUGUGUGCUGAGGACUAUCGCUGGUCGUGGCGUGCCUUUAACGGUGCCGGUAUGACUGGAUUUUACGUGUUUGUGAAUGCGCUUAUUUUCUGGGCUACACGAGUCAGCUUUGGAGGAUUGACUGGAGCUGUGUUAUAUGUUGGAUAUUCGGCCUUGAUUGGAUUCUUGGUCUUUAUCCUGACUGGCACAAUCGGCUUUUUCGCAAGCUGGGUGUUUGUCCGCAAGAUUUAUUCCUCUAUCAAGGUGGAUUAA